AUGUCGUCUGUCGUUUUACUCCUCCUGGUUCUACUAGGUACAGUAACCUCACAGUACUAUCCCCGACCAUCUCGCUAUCAGUACUACCACUACCAGCAACAACCGUACAGACCCCAUGUGGUGCACAAUGUUGUGUCUGACGGGGUAUGGGGUGGGCCUACUAGUCUAGGCUGGGCGCAAGUUCCACGCUACUUGAGUCCGAUGUACUCGCCUGUUUAUGGAGGAUAA